AUGCUUAUUUAUAUUGUAGUAAUAUAAGUAGUAUAGGGAUUGUAAAGUUAUACAGAAUGUGCAAGUGACUAAUACUAUAAUACAGCUAUAGGUGAAUGUACUCAAUGUCCUCAAAAUACUGUGCGAUACAAUAUAUCAUUAGUAAAUAUAUAAUUUGAUUGAUUAGUGUGUUUGUGAUAAUACCUAGGGUUAUUAGAGAUCAGGUGAUAAUAUCAUAGGAUUUUAAUAUGAUUAGUUGUGUUUAAAAUAGGCUAACAAUUGUACAUUAAGCUAAGUGAAUUUGAAAUAUUCAUUCUUAGGAGAUACAUUAUCUUAAAAUACUUGCACAUCUUGUGCUGCUAAUGCUUAUGCAAAUGCGUAAUUAUAAAUAAUAAAACUUAAGUUAUCGAGAAUAGUGUAUUCCAUGUCCAGAUAAAUUGAUGGUAUAUACAGGAAGUUGUGAAUGUCCUUAAUCAGGGUAUAUUAAAUCAUAUGAUCGAUGUGUAUUAAGUACUUAGAAAACAAUUGGAAAUCUGAUAUUCGAUUCAUCAUACAUAGUCGAAUAUGAGACAGAUUAAAGAAUAGCAAGUUCUUAUAUAUUGAAUAGAUACUAAUAUGCAAUAUCAAUGUGUUAUUAUUAUUCAAGUAUUAAUGCUUGUUAGUUAUUGGCAAACUUAUGUGCAUUACAAUUAUUUGAUUUAACAAAACCUAUAUGUUCUGUAUUUUUAGAAGAAUUAAAAUCAAAAAUUUCAACAUCUGCUCCAGCAUUAUUUCCUAGUGUCAAUAUAGAAACUAUCAAUAUUUAUCAGACAGUUUUACCUUAAACUAUGAAAUUAGAUGAUUCUGAUUCUAAAAAUCGUCGAUAUCUUAAUUACUCAAUCUAAAAAUAUGAUUUAGAGGGUAAUAUGAUUAGUGAUACAACAUUGAGAUCUGAAUUCAUUUUCUGUCCUCAUUCNAUAAUGUUUGAAGAAAAUGAAAAUCUUCUAAUUUAAUAAUAAAUUACUAAAAUAGAUUUUGGAGAAAAGAAAGAAUCAAAUAAAAUCAUUUAAGGUGAUAAUUAGAUUAAGGAACUUUGA